CUAAUCUAUGCUUUUUGAAAGCAGCAUGUUCCUUUCUUAGAAGCAAAAUAGUUUAGAUUGGAUUUAAAUUAGAUUUGAAAGUUUAUUAAACAAAAAGCAAAAAACAAUAAAUCGAAAUAAACUAAAAGGGUGAGAUACUGGUGACGUGUACAGGUCGGCCGCGCCCUGCUGGACUUUGAAAUGAACAAAAAACAUUUCUAAUAGCUGAGGUGUACAUGGGAUCAAGGUCGAUAGGUGGUAAAGUGAUUUUAAGCCGUUUUCGUUUAUAUAUUCUUAAAACUUACUGGUCGAAGGUAAAGUCAGAUCUUGGCAGGUGCAGUCGGUGGAUCACACCGAAAAAGGAAAUCAAGGCUGAAACGUUAAGGAAGCUUCAGGUUCAAGAAAGUGACGGAUACCAUCAGAGCCAAAAAGAAGACUGAAGCAGCUUCUUUAAACAAGAGACAUUUAAAGAAGAAAAGAUGAAGUGUUUAUUUAAGAACAGACACUUAAAGGAGAAAAAGAGAGAAAUCACUAAAGUUAGAGAUGAUCCAAUAAGUGAAGGAAAAACAGAAGAAGACACAAAUUAUGCAUUUAAGUCACAUGAUGAAGAAGGUGAGGAGGAUGUAAGAGCAGGUUGGUGCUUCUUUCUCAGAAGGCCCUUCUGUAGGACAUACUGCAUCAGUGAUGAAAACAUCAGAACACAGCUGAACACAGACGACGACAAUGAUGAUGAUGGUGUCUGCUACAGGAGUAUUUCACUACCUAAAGAAAAAAAGAUUUCAGCUUAUAAACAUCGAUUCAAGAGUUUACGUUUUAAGUUGAAGAAGUCAGACAGAAAGGAGAACCGUAAACCUUUAAGCCACAAUCCUUCCCCAUCACGGGAGCCGGCAAUUGUUUGUAAGGAGCUCAAAGUGGAAGACAGUGAUUUUAGACAGUUUAAUUUGUCUGGCUCUUUUACUGUUGUUUUUCAUGAGAUGGAAGAUUUGCAAGAGGAACAAAACACAUCUCACCAGUAUACUGAAGGUAAAUGUGGUGAAAUUAAGUUUGGCUCCACAGACCUGAUGGGCAAGACUUCAUCACCCUGUAAAUCCACUGGGUUGCCUAAAUAUAUAAGUGAAGGAACAAUUGAAGAAGAUGGUUGCAGAGUUUCUUCUCCAUGGAUAAAAAACAAGUCAAGAGAAACAGAUCCUCCUGUCAUGACUAAGAACAUGUCAUCAACCAAUACGCUUUCACACAGUUCUCGUGUGCAGUUCUCCUCCACAGAUUCCUGCUACUUGACUCGUUCUCACAGCCUGUCUUUACUGACCAAAACACCAAUCAAGAACUUGAUACAAGCAGCAAGCUCACCUGACAUGAGGUUAAAGGGGUUUACACCUGGCAUUACUGCUGAUGAGUCUGAUGAUGAAACCUACCUGUUCCAGUGCUCCAGUGCAGGCCUGUACCAGUGCAGUGUGACCGGCCUGGUGUUUGAAAUGAAGGCAGAAGGAGACGUGGUUUACAGGACUGUCCCUUGGAACAGGAGGCUGCUGGCCCAACACCACAAGAAGCCUGCAGGAACCCUGUUUGACAUCAAAUGUCAGCAGCAGUCUGUGUGUCAGCUUUGUCUCCCACACUGUGAGCUCAUCUCCACAGGUGGAGGUCAGUUCUUGCAGGUCGCUCAUGUGAAUGAUGAGGGCAUCGAGUUUAUCACCCCCCACAAGAUAACAGAAAGUCAUGCUUUUAUAAACAUCACAGGGUUUUCUGGUUAUGGUAAUGUGAAGGAUGAAGACUCUCCCCCUGACCCAGUCCAAGCGUUGGUUCUGCUCUUCUACAAACCCCCAGUUGAUCCUGAUCUCAGAUCUGUCCUCAGUGUGUUCAUGCUGCCACGGAAUAUUGUGUUCAGCAAAAUUCUGCGUAACAGGAAGACGUCAGACAAAACUGAGAGAUACAUAGAGACAUCAUCUCACUGUAAACUGCACCCAAAGCAGGUUUACACUCUGGUCACUGAUCCUGAGCAUGACCUGAUUAAAGUUCAACCCAAAGAAGCUGAUUUUGAUGAGGAGCACCAUGAAAGCUACUUCCCAUCAUUUCAGGUAGUCUUAAAAAAAAUCCUCACGGAUAUUAACCUGAGUCUGGGAGACAAGAGCAGCUCCAGCUGUGUUUGGGAAAGAGAGGUUUGUCUGUUGCCCAGCGGAGGGAAAACUGAUACUUUGGACACUGAUCCAAUAAAGAGACUAUCAGCUCUACGGAGCUGCUUCAUCAAAAGUAUAUCAGGACCUGUUCUCAGCAGUCUGAUGGACAAACUGCUGGAUGAAAAGGUGAUAACUGAUGCUGAGAUGGAUGCAGCAGACGUCAUACAAAACAGAAGUGACAGAGCUCGCUUUGUUAUCGACACUGUGAGGAAGAAAGGUGAAGCUGCCAGUUCACAGAUGAUUGAGUUUCUGUGGGAGCUUGACCCCUUCCUCUGUGAAUAUCUUGGGUUGGUCUGAUGCAUCCAUGUGAACAGACAGUAAGAAUAAUUACAUUUAUGACGCAUUUCUCUAGUGUGUGUCAUGCAACCUUUUUUUAAAUUAUUUUUAUUACCAUUGUCUGAAUGGAUUUUAAUGUAACUUAAAGUAUGAAACUCUAACAGCUUGUGAACUGAUUUCAGUACUUUUUCAUGAAUAGUUAUUAUUAAUUAUUAUUACAUGCAUACAGAUGAAUCCAUACAGAAGUAUCUGUAUGGAUAUGUCUCAUGUAUAUGUGUUUCAGAAUUUUUCAUGAAGACAAACAGCAGCAUGUUGCUUUGUCUUUAAUUAUUUGCUUUUAUUUUUUUGUAUAUACAGAGCUGUUUAAAACAUAAGGAUUUUUUUUUUAUGAUGUGUGUGUGAAUCAGUUUUUUCUGUCAGGUAUUUAUUUCACCAUGAGUUUUCUUGUACUUUUUAUUGUGGACUAAUUUCUACGUUUUUUUUUCUUUGUUUUAAAAAAUCUAAAAGAUGCAAUGUCUCAUCGUACUUUUUCUCCCGAGUUCCUCAGUGCAUUUCUGCAGCUCUGAUAAAACAGUGAUGCCAAAUGUGACUUAUAAAUAUGUAAACAGCUCUAUGAAAAUUAUGCACCCACUACUGCCGUGUUCAAUUUGUCAUUCAUUUUUAUUUAUUUAACCUUAAAACCUUGCACAAACCCCUUUUUAAAUCUUAUAUAAUCAACUUGUAAUUCAAUUUUUUGUGCUUUAUGUCAUAUCAUAUAGAUGCUCUAUCAGCUUGACUGCGAAAACUUUGAGCGCUCACUGCUCACAUUUA